AUGGCUGCAUUGAAUCGGCCUCGUUCAGAGAUGACACAAGAAGAAUUACAAGAAAAAGAACAGCAUGAAUUUGAGGUUGGUCCACUGUCAAUCCUUACUCGGUCAGUUCGAAACAAUGCUCAAGUUUUGAUUAGCUGUAGAAAUAAUCGAAAACUUUUGGGUCGUAUCAAAGCUUUUGACAGACACUGUAAUAUGGUCCUUGAAAAUGUGCAGGAAAUGUAUUGUGUACCAGCAAUCAAAGGAAAAGGUCAAAAAAAAUCAAAAAGUGUUGAGAAAUCAGUGAAUAUACCAAAAUUGUUUCUUCGCGGUGACUCGGUUAUAUUGAUUGUUCAAAAUCCUUCUGCUCCUGCACCCGUCUGA